GGUGGAGCCUGCUCUCUUACUAGGUCUUCGCUCCACAAAGGCAACGACUGGCCAAGGCAGUGGUUGGCCCUGGAUUACACAAGUGCAGACACUCAACUAAGUGAGCUGGAAGACCCAGGGGAAGGCCAAAGCUCAGGUGCCCACAUGAUCAGCACAGCCAGGGUACCUGCGGAUAAGCCAGUACGCAUUGCCUUCAGCCUCGAUAAUGCCUCAGAUGAUACACCUCCUGAAGAUGCCAUUCCUCUGGUCUUUCCAGAAUUAGACCAGCAGCUACAGCCUCUGGCGCCUUGUCAUGACUCCGUGGAAUCCAUGCAGGUGUUCAAACAACACUGCCAAAUAGCAGAAGAAUACAAUGAGGUCAGAAAGGAAAUCGCUCUGCUUGAGGAAAGGAAAAAGGAGCUCAUCGCCAAGCUGGAUCAGGCAGAAAGGGAGAAGGUGGAUGCUGCUCAGCUGGCCCGGGAAUUCGAGGAGCUGAUGGAGGAGAACCGGACGUUGAAGUUGGCUCAGUCCCAAUGUGUCGAGCAGCUGGAAAAACUUAGAAUUCAGUAUCAGAAGAGACAGGGCUCGUCCUAACUUUGAGCGAGUCAAUGUGAGCAUAGAAGGUUGGUGACGGCUGUGUGCUGGCCAAAAGAUUUUUAUUUUGAAGGGAUGGUGUGUAAAGUUUCAUUGUUCCUCUUUAUUACCCACGUGGCAAACAUCUAUUAUGAAUUUAACGCUUGCCAGAUCGAGUUUGAGAGAAGGGAUAUCUUAUUUGAAAUAAGAUGAUCAAAGCAAACCUCUUGCCAGUAUAUGUUUUCAGAGAUCAAUAAUUCAUUUCCAAAGAUUUUUUUUUUCUUCUUUAAGAAGAUGUGAUCAUCCUGUACAUUGGGGUAGAAAACGAAACAAACAAACAAACAAAAUAGAAUAUUGACUGACUCGGCUAAGAAUCCUGAACAGAAUUGAGCCACGAAACAAACCAGUAAGAUGCUCACUGCAGUUUCAUAUCCGUGUAUUUUUAAAUUUCACAUCUUGACUAUUUCAACUGCAUUCGAACCUGAAGUCAGCAACGUCUGCACACCUAUUUAUGUUCACCAGAGUUAGGUUUAAUCCCUCAAUGAUUGAUUGUACUAAGAAUAAAUGGUUGUGUAUCAUAAAAGCUUUCUCAUGAAAAUAUUAGCAGAAAGCAUGUUUGUGCCAAAAGCACAUCUGCCAGUGCUAACUUGCUUUGUAAUAAAAAGCUGAUAAGGCUGCUUUUUCUUUUAUGCCACGUUACCAGCCAGUAAACAUCUCUGCCUUUGCUUGUGUGUGUUCUGGGGGCAUGGGGGGGCCUGGAAAAGGAUUGUUUGGACAUGACUUUCAUGAGUUCCCAUGAAAACAUCAGUAAAACUAUAACUAUGACUUUGUUUUGGGUUUGAGGAGAUAUUUUGGAUCAGUAAUAACGAAUAGGAAUAUAUGAAUAAAUUCAGGAAUAAAAUGACUUUUCCCUGGUUCCACCUAUCACCAUAUUUCCCCAAACUGAUCU